AUGUCUUUUGCCAACUACGACCUCGAAGCUCAGAAACCGGUGGGGGCGCCCUUAAAAGCAAAUCCUGCCUCUGCUCUCGACAAUAUCAUCAACAAUACCUCCACUGAAGUUAAGAAAUUUGGCCUGCUCAUUGGACAGUUUAGUACUACCAGAAAGCUGAUAGGCACUCGCCGAGAUGAUGCCAAGCUGAGAAAGGCGUUGGACACGCUUCAGAAAGAAAUCAGUGAGUUGGAUUCUUCUAUUGAGUCGCUCAUGAUCAAGGUCAAUGGCGCCAUGAACACGGGAGGUGCCAAUGGGAAACUCGAGGUGACAGACCGCCAAUUGAUGCUAAAGGAUAGACUCAACCGCGAGUUCCGCAACCUCCACAAUAACUUUAUACUGGAGCUGAAGCAGUACGCCGACAAAAAAGUAUUGUAUCCGCUUCGAAACCCAGAAGUUCAGGAGACGACUCCACUUUUAGAGGAAAGUGACCACCGGCAUCAGCAGCUCCAGCAGCAGGUGGCUGUAGAGGAGCAAAUCAACCAGACAGAGCUCCAAUAUCAAAUUGCGCUCACCCAAGAGAGAGAGCGCGAAAUAGCUCGAGUCCACGAGGGUGUGGUGGAGAUCAACUCCAUCAUGAAGGAUUUGGGUACUUUGGUGGGAAACCAAGGUGAACAAGUUGACACUAUGGAAAACAAUAUGCUCCAGGUAGGACAAGACGUGCAUAAGGCAUCACGGGAAUUGACCAAAGCCGACGAGUACCAGCGAAAGAAGGGGAAAUGGUGUGCAAUUUUAUUGGUUGCAUUAUGUGUUUUCGUCUUGAUUAUGGUGUUGGCCAUAGUGAGCUAA